AUGGCGCAGAUCCAAUUCCCAGAACCGGUGCUGUCGAUCUCUGUUGAAGCCGCAAGCCGUUACGACAAAGAUAAGUUAACGACCACGUUGAUGAAAUUGGUGGAUGAAGACCCAACUCUGAUACUUUCGACCGACGAUGAGAGCGGACAACUCUUGCUAGCCGGUAUGGGAGAGUUGCAUCUGGAAAUCAUUCUGGACCGCAUGAGGAUCGAGUACGGUGUCAAUUGCACCCGCGGUCGACCAAGAGUCGCAUACCGUGAGACGAUCGGCAAAUCUGCGGAAGCUGAAGGUCGUUUCGUGCGCCAGACCGGCGGACGAGGCCAAUAUGGUGUCUGCUCAAUGCGAGUCGAACCUUUGCCGCGCGGUUCGGGCCUUGAAUUUGAAAGCGAGAUCACCGGCGCAACCCUAAGCACCGAGUGGUACGGACCGAUUGAAAAAGGAUUCCGGGAGGCGGCGCGAUCUGGGAUCGUUGCUGGCUACCCGGUAGUCGAUGUCAAAGCGGUGCUCACUGACGGUGCGCAACAUGACACCGACUCUUCGGAGAUGGCGUUCCAGAUCGCCGGAUCAUUGGCGUUCAAAGCCGCGAUGCACAAGGCAUCGCCAAGACUACUUGAACCGAUCAUGAGACAAGAAGUUGUGAUGCCGGCCGACAUGCUCGGCCCGGUUAUCGGCGACCUGAACUCACGGCGCGGGAAGAUCCAGUCGAUGGAGACCUCGGAGCCAAAGCCAGGGCAGGCAGGCAUUGGUAGCGUGAUGGCAUUCGUCCCGCUCUCCGAGACCUUUAACUACUCGACGGAUCUGCGAUCGUUAACCUCAGGGUUCGGCGAUUUCAAUAUGGAACUUGAUCACUACGACGUGAUGCCGCAGCACGUUCUGGAAACAUUGGAUAGGUAG